GAUUUCUGUCCGAGUUCGACUUAUUUGACAACCUCCAAACAUCUUCAGGACAACUUGAGCAUUCCAUCCCAAUCGUACUCUACAUAGCUCGGUGUCACUAUGAAAUUUGUGGAGCAUAUCAUACUUUGUCAAGGCAGUUGUAGAUUUUAUCCUAGGGUGAAGCUAGCUUAUUGUCCAAGAACGUAAUUACUAGAAUUAUUUAGGUACACAAUAGUGGUCAGACACCCUCAACACAAGAUGACGACGAAAAGCAGCAAGAUUGUCAUGGCAAGGCGCUUUGAUGGCAUGCCUCAGGUGUCUGACUUCGCUCUGCAAGAGGAAACAUUGGCACCGCUGGAGGAUGGAGACGUCCUAUGUGAAACUGUUUGGCUAUCUGUGGAUCCCUACAUGAGGUCGUAUAGUCGUAACAUGAAGGAAGGCGAUGUCAUGAUGGGCCAGACACUCUCCAAGGUUGUGGAAUCGCGACACCCUAACUACGUCGUCGGCGACCUGGUUCUGUACUACAGUGGCUGGAGGGAUCAGUAUGUGGUCAAGAACCCCGACGAUCCUCGGCCAUGGCCGCUGCAGAAAGUCAACUACAUACCCGAAGGCCAUCCGUCCACGCUCUCACUCGGUGUACUAGGAAUGCCAGGGGCUACUGCCUAUUUUGGCCUGAAUGAGAUCUGCAAGCCGGUAAAGUCUGGCGAGACGGUGGUAGUGAACGCAGCUGCAGGCGCUGUCGGUGCUGUGGUCGGCCAAUUAGCCAAGUCCCAAGGAUGCCGUGUAGUAGGCUUUGCUGGUACGGACGAGAAAGUGGAGUAUCUACGCGAGCUGGGCUUUGAUGAAGCUGUCAAUUACAAGACUAUGGGCUCGUUGGAGGAUGUGCUGUGCAGUCUAUGCCCCAACGGCAUCGACAUCUAUUUUGACAAUGUUGGUGGCUCAUUCUCUGACACCGUGAUGAGUCACAUGAAUCAGUUUGGCCGUGUGUCAGUGUGUGGGUGCAUUUCGCAAUACAACAACACUGGACAGUCUAUUGGUCCGCGACUUCAGGGACUACUGAUAAGCAAGCAGAUUAGGAUGGAGGGGUUUCUGGUGCACCGCUGGAAGGACCAGUGGAUGGAGUGCAUGGAAGCGCUUGGCGCCCUUGUUCGAGAGGGCAAAAUGAAAUAUCGUGAGACGACAGUGGAUGGCUUUGAACGUGCUCCAGAGGCACUCAUUGGAAUGCUCCAGGGGGAAAACAUUGGAAAAAUGAUUGUGAAGUGCCAGUCCGGUGGUAGUGGUGGUGAUGGAGAUGGAGAUGGCGAGCAGUGUAAACAGUAGAUGGGCCAGGUUGCUUCCUCUACAGUGCCUCUCUCUCUCUCUCUCUCUCUCUGGCUGCACCGUGUUCUCUUGUAUUAUGGCUAUCCUAUGACACAGGCAUCAUGAUGCUUGUUACUAGCACUAUCUUCAACGAUAGUUUAGGUUUUUAGACCCGUGUUCUCGACACCUCGUCCUUGUCGUUCAUGUACGUGUGUGUCUUUUUAUUAGCGCUACCUUGAACUGCUGUUGCUGCUGCUGCUGAGGCGUUGUGUCGCCGCACCUUUUACCCGGUCCUGUUUUUGUCGAAGCAUUCAGAAUGUUGUUUUUGCUUGUCUGUACUCUCAUCAUGGUUGCCUUUACCCAUCGACUGCUGUGAUGGGUUGCUUCAAUAGGUCAUGCUUUGAAUGUUUCUUUUGUGUUUUUGAUAAAGGCCAGCAGAGAGUUGGAUGCUUGCACGUUUCUUAAAUCAGCAUUUUUCGCACUAUUUAAGUUCUGGUGUGCGUUUGCUAGUGCGUGCUUUUCUUUCUGUAGCGGACAAACGGACAUGCGAGUGGCUGUUCCACUUGCUUGUACUCUUCUGGCCGGACAUAAUAUUUUUUGUUUGUUUGUUAUUGUGGCUGCUUUUUGUCUUGCUUCUCAGCUUUGUAACGCUAGUGUUACAUGCGGGUAGUGAUAGUUACAUUAGGCGUCA